AGGGUCUUCUAAAGAGUCCUUAGAGCCACAGUGCUGAUUCCAAAACAUUUUCCUCAAACCGGUUGUGUGGCGUUGUCUCCUCAAACCGCACACAAGUUUCCGCGUUCUGUGGGGAAAGCUGAACUUUGGAUAUAAUGCGGAAGGAAAGUUGCACCAGCCUGUGGGACAAUAAAAACUUGCGUGCCUCCUACUCUCCCGCUUUUCAGAACAUAGACUGUCAUUUAUUUCAUAAAAGUUUGACUGAGCUACGAUUGCGCCGUCUUCACGUGAACACUUCUUCAGGUUGCGUCAAUUAUCGCGCGCUCGUGCCUCAGUGGUCUUGAAGUGUGAAAAUGAGUGACCAGAGAAGAGACGCUUUCAAAACAGUACUUCAGUUGUCGUGUCAACUUCUGUGGGUGGUAGGGUUGGUAGUGGGCUUGAGCGGCGUCUAUCUGCUGAUGAAAUACACACAGAACAGCUUAUAUUUUUCUAAUGCCUACAUCAUCCUGCCAGCUGUCUUCGCUCUCGCAAGCGCUGCUUUCCUAUUGGCCAGCGGGUGCCUCGGCUCGUGGCUGAGCCUCAGGGAUUCCACCUGUCUGCAGGGACUGUUUGUUUAUCUACUAGUUGUGGUCUUUUGUCUGGAGGGUACGGCAUCAGCGUUGGCUUAUUUCCACUCUACAAAGCUGGAUUCUGAGAUAACUUCCCUCCGUGGAGUGUUUCAGAAUUACACGGGCAGCAGCCAGGACCCCAACUCUCGAACUGUGGAUGCUACACAAGAGGAGUUGCAGUGUUGCGGCAUCCAUGACUACAGUGACUGGCUUAAAACCUCCUGGUUUAACCGGACUGGAGGACUCUUUGUUCCUCACAGCUGCUGCAACUCUACUUUCCCCUCCUGCAAUGGCACUGUGGACCAGCCAUGGCAGCUUUACACAAAGGGCUGCCAAGUGAAGAUGGAGAAGGUUUUACAGUUUGUGCUGAAUUUUAUCAUCUGGGGCUCCCCAGUGGUUUUUCUGGUAGAGGUGAUUGUGUUUUUGACAGUGGCACAGCUGAUGAGGGGCCAACUGCAUAUACAAUAUCAGGUACUGGACAAAAACUAAAGACACUGUGACAGAUGGGGCAGCACUGUGACUGUGACCCCUCUCUCUCUCUUUCUCACCUGUUCCACUACUGCACAAUUAAUACUGGUUUGCUUCAGUACACUACAAAACAUGCAACAUAUAAGUGAAAAAUCUAUGCAUGUAAUACAUUUGUGUUGUUCAUUACUGAAUAUAUGACACCAAAAAGAUGGUGGAGGUUUAUGGAAAGUUGUUUAUUGCUUUAAAUAUACUGUUGCACCAUUCAGUCAUUAUAUUUUUAGGCCCAGCAAUGUAGUAUGAUGAGGCCGAGUGGUAAUAAAGGGACAAUCAAAUUCAUAGUGAUGUAUCACAGCUUCUCUUUGGUGAAUAUGAGCUGUUGCUAUCAUUAUGUUUUGCCUACACAUGCCUGGAGCUCUCCCUCAUAUUUUCCAGUAUACCAGUGUUAAACAAAUCAAUGUUACACAAUGAUUUGUGUUUAGGUAUGUAAGGUUAUAUUGUGUUGACCUUGAUUUUUGAUUGUGAGUGUGUGUUAUUAUUGUAUACACAGCACAAUUCUCACUGUCUCUAUAUGUAAUAUUUCAUUGUUUGUCAGGGAUAUUUCUGAAGGGGACAAUAAACUAAAACUAAAACUAA